GAGACAUGUUAUGCGGGUAGGGGGAGCGCAGGUGUAUAUAAAUGGGAACCACUGCCUUCACGCUUCGCAGACUCGAUCUUACUGAGGUCUGUCGGCCACGCUGACCUGCCCCCACUUUUCACCUGUCCGGGUGCCAGCGUCUCAGUCCACCAUCGACAUCACAGGAACGAAAAGAAUAUGUCUCAUACUCUCACAACAGCUUCACUCCUCGUUUUGCUGUUUUUGUGUUAUGGGAGCCAGGCGGACGGUGGCGUACUGCAGUGCGCACGCGCGACGCCUGGGAAGGACACGCCACUCGCCACUAACAGGGUCAGCAAGGACACCUGGGAGCCACUUUUCCACCUGAAAGUCAACCACGACGGAAAUGGCACCUACAGUGUCUCGGUCAAGGUGGGCAGCAGUCAAGUGGCCUUUAGUGAUGCCUUCAUCUCGGCGGAGACCAACAGCAGCUGCGGCGUGGGAGAGCUUCUCUACGACAACAACGAUUUUGUCAAGAUGGAGGGAGUCGACUGCCCGCACUUGCUGACCACCAACAGCAAGCACCCCAUGCGGCACCUACCGCCACUUCACUGGAAGAUGCCAAGAUGCGGUUGCGUUCAUUUUCGGGUCACAGUCAUUGUGGAGGGUCAGACGUACUUCGCGGAGCGUGAGGACCAAGUGGAGGGACCGUUGGCGACGACCGUGUGUGCGGCUACUCCGGACUCCGCGCACAGAAAAGUGUCAAGAGAGGAGCGACAUGACCUCCUGUGCCGCAUCAACACCCGGUUCAGCGGAGCGGAAAUACUUCAGAGGGGAGAGUUCAUGGAGCGGCACCAGCUGAACGCCAGGUUUCUUGACAGACCCAAGAUGGAGAUGGCCCUGCACGCGCGCCGCAGCGACAUCAUGGAGUGCUGUCAGAAGCUGCACGAGGCGCGGAAAGAGUGCUUUGACGACAUCAGACGACGGCGGGUGGAUGACGUCUGCGAUGACGGCUCUCCGGAAAUCCCCUUCACUAGCCAGCGCAUGCGCUUCAUGCGUGACCGCGAGCAGGCCUGCUGCUGGAAAAUAGGCGAGGCUCGUUACGACUGCUUCGCUUUGAAUGCCGGGACAAAACAUGACGCAUGGUCACCUGACUACUCUCUUGACGAAUCGGAUCCCGUGAACGACCUUGGUGACUAUCCAACGGAAAUUCUUGCUUUAGAACAGGAAUACGACACGCCACUCUUCGGGAUGGUCGGCAGCACUUCGCAGAUAACUACAACGCCGACCACCACCUCAACCACAGUUGUUACCACGACACGGAUGACGACGACAACCACGGGAAGCACCACACCGCCGAUGAAAGACAGGAAACCAGUCGCCACACAAGGCGUUUCUCCCAGUACAGAGAAGCGGAGCAGCAAGGAACUGGAGGAUGAUGCAGGAACAAGAACCUCCAGCAGGGAAAGAAAAAGCCGACAGCUCGUAAAGCCUCAAAAGCCUCGUGCUCGGGAACAAAGUCUCAUCGGGAUGGACGCUGGAGUCGCCACCAGCAGAGAGCUGGGAGAACAGGGUGGACGGUCAGCACAGAAGACACAGUCAAAACUCGAGCGAAGGAUCUGGAAGAUGCAGCUGAAGACGGCGUGUUGCCAAGCGGGCAUGGAGGCAGCCUCGGGUCUCGUCGGCGCUUACCAGACGGUGUGGCACGAGUGCAAGCACAGCUCCAACAAGUUCCUGACGACACAGCGCGCGCAUGACGGCCGCCAGAUCUGCAUGAACGAGUUCCGGUUCUGCUGCAUGGACAUGGCGACAAGCCUGUCCACUAGCGUGGUCACGCCUCAGCCAGAGACGGAGUCAAGCGCGGAGUGGGAUCGUGACCGUGACCUUGUGGGCAAGGACUACCUUCCUCCCCACUUCCGCGCCCCUCACGCGCAGGCCAGGGACAGGACGUCAUCAUUAGUGACCAGUCGCACCCCCCGGAACAGCAAGGAAAGGUCAUCGCCGUCAGGAUCACUCCGGGCACGCGGUUCGUCGUCCGCGAUCCAGCCUGAAGUGGAAGACCCUCAACACAAGAGGAGAGCAGAACAACGAGUGCUGAUCAAAGCCUUGCGAACACAACUGAAAGAAGAGGACGACAUCGAUGAAGAUUAUCGGCCUGUCAUGAAAGAUCCGAGAAGAACUGCUGGCUUGGCCUCGCCUUCCUUUGCUGCUAGGAGAAGGGAACCCGAAAAGCCGCCAGCUGGCUCCGAUCAGAAGGGACGAGUAGAAAGUGAGCUUGGGGAAGAGGUGCAAAACGGGAAGCAGUCAGAGGCGAAGCGCAAACGAAGCAGAAGCCAAGAAGUGUCAGCUGUGACAUCAGCAGACCAGGAUGGAAAAGAAAGGCGAAGGACAUCGUCGCUAGAGGCCGCCAGAAGGCGACUGAAAUAUCGACGACACGAAACGGAGGAGGAUCUGUUGCGCUGGUUGCUACUGGAGGUCGAUCAGGACCACGUCGACGACCUAGUGGAUGAGGAAGAAAACGCUCUGGGAAGCGAGGAGCUCUCUGAGACUGCAAACGCCGUUAGCGCGGAAUACGAAGACGACGACGAAGCUGGCGAAGGUGACGAUGAAUACUUCGACUCGAAGGACGUCGAUAGAAGCGACGAGGACAUCUUUGCGUCAGCUUCCAAGGAUAGAAACUCCAGGGGGAACUCGCAGAACGCCGAUAAGGAGAAUGGACGUGAAGAGAAACAAGAUGGUGACAAGCAGGUAGUUCCUGUCGUGAGUCCCACUUCGAGCAGUGUGGUUCACAGCGAUGGUUCUGAACAAGGACCGCAGCAAAGCCCUUCAGAAGGGCGGAAGCAGCCUUUGGAAAGCUCGCGAGACAUCACCAGUUUCUCGGGUAGGGAGCCGAGCGAAGGGAAAGAGACGGCGCAAACACCGGCUAGGGGGCGGCCAGAAAAAGGCGGGGGAAACAGCGGCUCUCGAUCGUCUGCAUCGGUGACAGAAUCCACCAAGGAGACAGAGAUCGCAGCAGAUGACUUGUCUAGCGAGGACGGUCACAACAGCAGCCGCUACUACCACCCAUCGUCCGGCGGCCGUUCGACACGCAGAAACUCCAGAAGGAGGAUGGCAAAAGGGAGGCUGGGGAAGAACGUGCGCAGGGAAGAACAGACGAAACCGCGGAUCACAGAAGCCUUGGAGGAAGAGUGAUUGCUGAAGCGUACCCACCCCUGUCUCUCCUAACCCCACCACAGUCCACGUGUCGCAGCUUCACUUCGUCAUCACUGGCGUAGCACAGGUCACCACCAGUCACAAACUGUAGCACUUCAAAGUCCAACAGAUUCAUGAAAUGUAGCAGUUUAUCCACACAGUCCACAAAAGUAACGAACUGUAACAGUUUAUACCUACAGUGUACACACCAACUGUUAUAGUUUACAUCGAUAGUUCCCCAGUCAUGAGCUGAACAGGUUAUACAUACAGUCUGUAAGAGCAACAAUUUACACCGAUACUCCACCAGAGUAAGGAACUGUAACAAUUUACACCAACAGUCCACCAGACAUGAAUUGCAGCAGUUUACACCGACAGUCUAACAACUUGAACCCGUCAAUAGAAGGGUUAUCUCAACCUAGACCUAGUCAGCAUGGCCGUGAAGGAGUUAACAAUAACAUCUGUCUCAAUCUGAAGUGUAAUAUCUUUAACGUCUUGGCUGCCAAGAAUUAUUUUGUGACUGGCUUCAGACCAAUGCCUAAUGAAGACGAUGCAAGACAACCCCCCUCCCACACAAAUACGUUCUGAUUACCGUUCUUCCCUGUGACCCUCCACAGAUGGCACUAGAUGACACGUGUGAAUUAGAAUGCGCAAGCUGCUUUCUUGAGAAGCUAUUCUCUACCUUGCCCGCUUAAUUCCUUCAUUCUUACUUGAUUCUAUCCUCUUCCCUCCCUCCCAUCAGCACAUAUAUUUUUUUUAUUUUCGAUACUUUUUGCAUGAUGCUUCCUACAAUUCCACAAAAGUAUUAACACUGCCAAAACAACCCAAAAAGGAAAUAUGUGUAAUCAUAGAUUACGUUGGUAGAGUCCAGUCAAAUCAGAGGCUUUAAUUUUUAACGCUGCCAAAGUGAUUUUUAUGUAUAUCAGCACUGCCAGAGCUAAAGAACAGUAUUAAUGCUAACUGCUGUUGUAGCCAGACCACUAAGCUGUAAGCAUAUAUAUAAAGGGAGGAGAUAGAAAUAGCUUCAUCCAACUGUU